ACUACAACCGUAUUGGAACACACGAUUACGUUGAGUUUGAAGCAUGAAAACCCAACUGUCUGUUGCUUUAGUUUUCGUUUUGUGCGGGAUAGGAAUAAAUACAGCCGCAACAGACUGCAUCAGCAGAAAAGAAUUUGAUGAUUUCAAGGCAAAUGUUUUGAACCAUAUCCAGGAGCUGACUUUGAAAAAUGACAAGCAAGCUAAAGAAAUUGAAUAUCAGAAGAAAGCUAUACUUGAUUUGAAGAGGAUGUUAGUAAAGUAUGACGAAACAUCAAAUAAUUCGAAUCAAAAUGAUACAGCAGUGACUUCAAACCAGAGUCUACCCGGGGAACCCUCAAUGUUAUCCACAAAAGACUCAUUGAAACCACCCAGAAAACGAGAAGCCAUGCAACCAAGACAAUUGACGGCUAACCCGACUGAUGUUAUUGCAUUUUAUGCCUACCUUACAAAUGCUGAAAUAAAUCCAGGAGCCCAUCAUAUAAUCGUGUAUGACCAUGUUAUUACGAAUUCUGGAAAUGGAUAUAGCAAGCACUCUGGAUCAUUUACUGCCCCAAAAGCAGGCAUGUAUGUAUUUUCCUGGACAACUUUUGUUGAUCCACAUUCGUAUUUUCCGAUUGAAUUAAUUCAUAACAGUGUCAGAGCUGGUAUAGUUUUUGUGCAAGGGGACACCACUUUCAACGGAGUGACUGGCUUGGCAGUUAUUCAGCUUCAGCAGGGUGACGUAGUCAUGGUAAGAUCUGAACCCGGAUAUACUCCCCAUGGAAACAUUCACAGUGAACACCACAUGAAAACAUCAUUUGCCGGAUGGUGCAUUUCAUGUUCGAGUUAUAUGUAGGGAAAUAAAUAACAAAGGACUGAAAAAAA